AUGGCUGAGACCAAGAGAUCCACUGGUACCGUCAAAUGGUUCAGUGCACAGAAAGGUUUUGGCUUCAUCGCUCCCGAUGAUGGUGGCGAGGAUCUGUUCGUCCACCAGACCUCGAUCCAAUCUGACGGCUUCCGUACCCUAUCAGACGGACAGCCAGUGGAGUUCUCCGUCGAUUCAGGAGAAGACGGCCGCACCAAGGCCGUUGAUGUUUUAGGCGUCUCUAGAUCUCGCCGUCCUCCUCGUGGUGGCCGCGGUGACGGUGGCGGGAGAGGUUACUACGGCGGAAGAGGACGAGGGGGCGGCGGUUAUGGAAGAGGCAGCCGCUCAAGUGGCAGAGGAUAUGGUGGCGACAAUGGCAGUGGCAGUGGUGCGUGUUUUAAUUGUGGACGGUACGGUCAUUUAGCGAGGGAUUGUUAUCAAGGUAGCGGUGGCGGUGGGAGAUAUGGUGGCGGUGGUGGGAGAUAUGGUGGUGGUGGAGGCGGAGGGUAUUAUGGUGGUGGUGGUGGAGGUGGAGGUGGAGGAUGCUAUAAUUGUGGAGAGGAAGGGCAUUUUGCGAGAGACUGUCCGAAUACUGAUAACAAGUGA